UUGAGUUUGUAUUAUCGUUGCUGGAUGAGAGAUUUUCGACAAGUCAUACCUUAACUUUAGAAGAGUUUCUGAAAGCAGCUAUGAAGGAAGAAGAGAAGAAAAAUAAAGAAGGCACAACCACAGAAAAAUAUAGUCUACUAUGGAAAUUUCUGGGGAAAGCCAAUACAAAGCAAUCUGUGCCACCCAUGACGCGCAGCAGCAGCUUUGAAUUCCUUCCACCUAACAUGUCUGAGCUGAGGGUUGUUCUGCUGGGGAACAGCUGGUCUGAGAGGAGUUCAGUGGGGAACUUCAUACUGGGAGAGACUAAGUUCAACACUGAGGAAGAACCAGAUGACUGUCUGAGAGAAAGUGGACAGUUGGAAGAGAAAGAAAUAGUUCUCAUCAACACACCAGAUCUGCUUAUUCCAAACACUGACCAACAGAGAAUGCACAUAGGUUUCUGCCAGAUACUCUCUGCUCCUGGACCUCAUGUGUUCCUGCUGGUUCUGCAGCCUGAAGACUUUACUGAGGAACAGAGAUUAAAGCUCUGCAGAGUCCUGGAGCUCUUCAGUGAUCGAUCAUUUCAUCACUCACUAGUUCUGAUAUCAACACCCAGAGAGGAGAGUCCAGGUUUCAUGGAAGAAUAUCGGCAACAUCCUCCCUUAAAAGAGAUGAUCAGAAAAUGUCACUACAGGUUUCUGUGGAGGAAAGACCUUGAACUUCCAGAGCUGUUAACACGCCUGCGACAGAUUGUGAACGAGAACAAUGGAGAGCAUGUGAAUGUAUGAACAGUUUGCUCCUUCUUGCAAAUGUAAGAAUAAUAAUGUGGCAUCGAUCCGAGAUGACUGCAGUACAGAAACGGAGGUUAACACACCUUCUGACACGUGAUCUAGAUUGACCAAAAUAUCAUUGGUCAUGAUGAUGAUUUUUAUUAAAUCAAGGCUUUGGUCAUCCCUUCCAGUCAAUUUUCCAUGAAUAUGCUUUGAUACAGCACUCUGUGAACAGCCAUCCCUUUCUCCUUGUGGAGGCUGUAUAUGAGUGUCUUCUGGUCAACUGUCAGGUCAGACAUCUUCCUUGUGAUUGAUGUUGUUUGACCUGAACCAGACUGAAAGAUUCAAUGCUCUUCUCUGGUUGACAUUUGUUUAUUAUAGAUUGCUUACUCUAAUUUUUUGAGAUAUGGAUUUUUUUUUUUUAUGGAUUGGAGUCUAAAGUUUCACUUUUAAAUUAUGGGGAAAAAUGAGCUUCACAAUAUUCAAAUUUUCUGAGAUGUACCUGUAGACAUCACUUUAUAUGUAAUGAGUCUAAAAUAAAUAAAAGUUUCACUUUUUUAAUUAAAUGAUGGGGGAAUAUUCUAAUUUUAUGAGAUGUACCUGUACAGAUCAUGUGUGUGUGUUGGAGAGAGAAGCACAACUGUUCAGUUUAAGUGUCUGUGUGUGUGUGUGCGCUUCGUAACUGUGGAGCCCAAGGGCCUGUCUUACCAACCUGCACUGGGGGCAGCUCACUCAUUGACUCUGUACAUGUCAUCAUUUCUUAUAAACUUCUUCUCUAUUUUACUGGACAUAAUUUUUUCAUCUGUAACAUUCAGGAUCAUAGAUAUAUAUAGAUAUACUGUAGAUAUAAUUUUUUUUUUUUUUUCACCUCUAAUAAGUUGUUGUAAAAAAAGAAGAUGUAGAAAAUCGUUCCGCUCUGUUGUUUAAGUAAAUAUUUUUAAUGCAGCCUGUAGUUCUCAUAAGUUAUGUAGGCAUACUUAUGUGUGAAACCUGGUGAGCAUUACUGAGAGUCAAAAAUUAUCUCCAGCUCUGGGGCUUUCAGAUCUUUUAAUGCUUUUUUGGGUUUAAUUCUGUUUGAAGAACCAGCAGGGAAAGGCCGUGCUCUGAACUGUUCGUACUUGUGUCAAGUAAAAUAAAAGUGAAGUUGAGUCAUUUA